CAACACCAGAUGCAAAUUUUGAUUGUAUGCAAAGAUAUGCUCAUGCAAGCAGGCCAAACCAAGUACAAGACCCUUCAUGUUGACAUUGAGGCACAUCCCAGUGUAUUGUGUGCCGACUUGUUAGGAUUUCUGAAUGUAUUCAACAACCCUGCAAAUGAACAUGUGCUUCAUGUGGCCAUCAAACAGGAGUGCAGUGCUCUUCUGGACAGUACCAGCCAGGAGGAAGGGAAGACGCACAUGAUGCUGGAAGAACUUACAUGGAUGGUACUCAGCAAAUACAAAUGUGGUGGUGUAGGUUCAGGUUUGAAGGCCAAGUAUCAGCUACACUUUGCCUUCCUGGUA